AAAGUUUAAAUAAAUUUUAGAAAUUUUCCAAAAAAUAAUUUCGCAGCUAGUAAAAUAUAUAUGUAUAUGUAAAUGGCCACACUAUACAGCUAAAGAGCUUCGAAUAGAAAAGGUAAGGUUAAAACUAGUCUCAAAAUAAUAUGAAGAUAAAUAAAUUAUUUUAUGGCUAAAAAGUGGUAGAGCGCAUAAGAAAUUCGCAAAAAGUUGGGUGAGGAUUUGCAUAAACGAAACAAUAGUAAAGUAAAAUAAAAAAAAAUACGGCAUUUAUAUUCAUCAAUAAUCAAAAAAAAGAGAAAGAAAAAAUAACAAAAAGUUAUGUGUUAAAAGCAAACGCUGGAAACCAUGCAAAAUAACCAAGAACAUCUCGUUUGGAGUUUGGGUCAUAAACCACUCCAACAGCAGAAGAACACACAGCCACUAGUAGAAGCGGUCACACCAACACCAAAGCAACAUCGCGCCGCUUUCUAUGCACAAAAACAAUAGCAGUGAGGAGAGUGGCAUCACGCGCUGCAGAAGCUGUGGCAGAGCUAAUAUGUUGCGGCAGCACGGCAACACUGCCGGCUACAGAAAUUCUCUUUUAGUAACGGAGAGACAAAACUCAAAACCAGUUUCGAAAUUCUGGAAAGGCACGAAACACACAAAAACAAAAAAUGAAACUGAAGCAUUCAAAAAGGAGUGCAACACAUGAGAAUUGCGCUCAGAACUCGUACCUUAAGACACACAUCCACAUGCGCAUUCGUGCAAUUGCAACAUGUAGCAUACAAUGUUGCCUCACAUAUAAUCAUAUGUACAUAUGUAUGUAGUAUAUGAAACAUAUGGUUAGAACAGCAGAGAGCGAGGCAGCGUAGCGCGAGAGAGUCGACCAACCUUUAAAACGAGACUAUGAGGUAGUGCCUCGUAAAAGCAGUUAGCAACAUUUCAAAUACAAAAGGAGAGCAAAAGUCGUAAAUAUUAAUAGAACUGGAAAUGAAACGUUCGCUUUGACACCUUCAAAAUGUACAAAAGAACUGUCUGUCUGCUUGUAGGGUCUCUGUAGGUUCAAGUUGUGAGCGAUAUACAUACAAACACAUAAGGUGGUAACUGCUGAAUAAAUUAUGUGUAUGUAUGCACUUGCGUGCAUGUGUGUGUGUGGUGAAUGCAAAUUUCUGAUCUUGAAUAGCAGUAAUGCAAAGCAAUGAAGCAAAAAGAAUUAAAGAAAUAUGAAAAAGACUUUUGAAAAGUGUCAGGUUCAAGCACCCAUAUAACAUACAUAUUUAUGUAUGUAUAAAAGCAAUAUUUUUGGUGUGUAGGUGUUGUGAAAACAUUCUAUUAUGUCGUAGAAAGUGCUGAAGGGUUAUCUUUAAAAGGCAGCUACAGAAUGCCUACAAGCCCACAUACAUACUUAUAUAUAUUUACUAAGUAUGUGUAUGUAGGACACAAUGACGUUUAAAUAUCGAUUGCUUUUGAUAUUUAAAUUCGAAAUAAAUUAGUCAGUCAGGUCAAUUUGUAUACAUAUUACAAUAUAUAUAGCUGCCAUACAAACAGAACAGCUAUAGUGGUGAUCUGAACAAUUUGUUGGGAGAAUGCUCCGCCUUUUUUGAAGAAUACUCCAUGCAAAAUUUCCAGAGAAAUUCGUGAAGAUAUCUUGCCAAAUAAAAAAAGUUUUCCAUACAAGGACUUGAUUUUGAUCGAUCAGUUUGUAUGACAGCUCUAUGUUAUAGUGGUAGUCCGAUAUCGGCGAUUUCGACAAAUGAGCUAAUUUUUGGGGAGAAAAGGAUGUAUGUAAAAUCAGAGCGAUAUCUCAAAAACUGAGGGCCUAGUUUGCGUAUACUUAUGGUAUACAGACGGACGAACAUGGCUAUAUCGACUCAGCUCAUCACGCUGACAAUUUAAAUGUAUAUAUACUUUAUAGGGUCUCCGAUAUUUCUACCCGGGUGUUACAAACUUUAUGAAAACUUGACCCUGAUCAUUUUGAGAAAUUGAAGGUUGUAUAUUGUUGAUCUGUUAGUGCUAAAUCUUUUAAUUGGAACUGUAAAAUUGAUAAAUACAAUACAUUCACACAGAAAAAUUCACAAAAAAUCAAAAAUUUACGACCGAUGACUGUGGUGUUAAAACCUUUGAAAUACCUACCAUAAAUUUUGUCGCAAGCUAUUUUUAAAUAAAUCGUUAAAAAAAUAACUACUUAACUCAACAUAUUUGUACUAAAAUACUCAAUAAAAAACUAUAUUUUGAAAAUGAUAACAACGAAAUUUACACUUUUUAUCUCAGGAACGGUGGGCCUUUUAAGAAAAAAAGUGUUAUUCAUGAUUUUCAAUUUUCGUCUAAGAUAAUUUUUUGAUAAAACCCUUUGACUUCGAGUAAAUUUUUUUUUCACAUACAGGAACGAUGAGGUGUUUUAGUAUGUUGUUUUAUUUAACUUUUGAACAUAUUCACUAACUUUAAGCUUGUUGUAAGUGUAUGUACCCUCACCUUAUUUUGUGGCCUUAAUUGACCGGACUAUUAUGAAAAUUAAAACUUAUUAAAUUAUUUAUAACUAUAUUUUCAGUUUUUUUGUAAACUAAAACAUUGAAGAAAAAUCUAUUUUUUUACCAAACUAAAAUCUUUUAUUACAAAAAAAUGGUUUGCCAUUAUUUCAUAAAAACCGUUAAUAGAAAUCCCGUUGCCAACAAUAUUCUAUAGAUUCAAAACACAUGCACCUUUAUUGCAGUUUAUUUUCACUUAUGACUGCGACACUUUUUCAGGCGAACGCAUUAACCGAUUUCAUUACACGGAAAUCAUACCAUAACUGAUUCAAAAAAAAAAAUCUGAGUCAUAAUAUCUUGUAAAAAGAAAUUCCUAGAAGCGGAAAACCAACGCCUGGUCAAUGAGGUCUCUGAAAAGUGCCUUCUCAGCACUAAUUAUAGUGAUGCACUUCUGGGUAAUAGAUAAGUUGUAGUCACUCUAUUAUGAGGAAAUUUGCGCAAUAAUAUGGAUGCUACAAAAACAAAUAUUAAUACGCAUGCGAAAAGAGGAAUAACGGGUGUUGUACGUUGUAUAAGAACACUAAACUUGGUGAAAACAUAAAUCGUGCUUCUGCAGUUACUUAUUAAGUUAAAUCAAGAUGGCGCUUUUUGGGAUGGUCUCGGCUGUUUCGGGCUUUAUAAAAAUUCGAAAUCUCUUGGAUCGUGCGGUUAUCGAUAACAUGGUCUUUCGUUGCCAUUAUAGAAUUACAACAGCGUUAUUGUUUGUUUGCUGCAUUAUUGUAACGGCAAAUAAUUUAAUUGGCGAUCCUAUCGCAUGCAUCAAUGAUGGCUCCAUACCAAUGCAUGUCAUCAAUACAUUCUGUUGGAUUACAUACACGUUCACCAUACCCGGUCAGCAGCACCGUCAAAUUGGCACCGAUGUCGCAGCACACGGCCUGGGCAAUGAAUAUGGACAAGAGAAGCGCUAUCACAGCUACUAUCAGUGGGUGCCAUUCGUGUUGUUCUUCCAGGGACUCAUGUUCUAUGUACCGCAUUGGAUUUGGAAGAAUCUGGAAGAUGGCAAAAUGCGCAAUAUCACCGAAGGUUUACGCGGUUUCAUUACUAUGCCCGAAGAUUACCGCAAAGAUCGGCAAGCGCGCAUCUUGAAAUACUUGAAGGAUAGCUUGAAUUCGCAUAGCAGUUACUCGUUUGCUUACUACUUCUGUGAGGCCUUGAAUUUCGCCAAUGUUGUGCUGAAUAUCUUUUUGGUGGAUAAAUUUUUGGGUGGCGCUUUCAUGACGUACGGCACCGAUGUGAUCAAAUUCUCAAAUAUGGAUCAGGAGCGUCGUUUCGAUCCGAUGAUUGAAAUAUUUCCACGCUUAACGAAGUGUACUUUCCGCAAAUUCGGCCCGGGCGGUUCACCACAGACCCACGAUACGUUGUGUGUGUUGGCAUUGAAUAUUUUGAAUGAGAAAAUUUACAUUUUCUUGUGGUUCUGGUUCAUCAUUUUAUCAGUGCUCUCUGGCUUGGCUUUAAUUUACUCACUUACCGUUAUAAUGAUGCCGACUACACGCGAAACCAUUAUCAAACGCUCGUAUCGUACGGGACAGAGCAAGGAAAUCCAAUUUUUGAUACGCCACUUGGAUAUUGGCGACUUCUUGGUUUUGCACUUUUUGGGACAGAACAUCAGUACAAAAUAUUACUGUGACUUGGUACAGGAGCUUUCCCGUCAACUCGGUGCUUCGCGUACUCCAUCUGCGCCCUCCACCUUGGAGAUGCAUCCCAUGUAUCCGCAAGUAGAUCGAUUCGGCAAGGAGACCGAGACAUAAAUUCGUGCACAGUUGGCGGAAGGGAGCAAAAAAGGGCAAACAAAAACCGAAAAUUGAACAAACAAGCUAAAAAUUAAUGACUAGAAAGUUAAAACGCCCUUAAAAACUACAAAAACAAAACCACAUAGGCAAGCAAAUGGAAAAACGAAUGAAGAGACGAAAUCGCUAACAGCAGUCAGCGCUCGUAGUUCUGCUGGUUACUGUCAGCUUGACACUUCGCGCGAAAACAUCCCACUACUCAACUCAAUGCACCUGCGCUCCACUACAAAUAAAAAAAA